AUGAUCAGUCUCCUCCUCGUCUUUCUAUCACAGAUCUCAUUAAUAUUAGGUGCCCCACAAACUAUAUUAUGCCUUAUUCACACUGCAACACCGAGUCACGAAACACGGGCAAAAACAAUACUCGAAACGUGGGUUCAACACUGCGAUGACUUCUUGUUCUUUACGGAUUCGAAAAUGAACGAUUCGAUCCCACAUAUUUAUUAUCCGUUAUUGAACUCAAGAGAUCACUCGUGGGAGAAGAUUAGGAGGGUUUUUAAAUACGUACGUGAUAAGAUCACCAAAAAGUAUGACUGGUAUUAUCGAGCCGACGACGACACGUACGCACUCAUGCAUAACAUGCGAACGCUUCUCGACAACUAUUCGCCCACAAAACAUCACUAUCUCGGGCUGCAGUGGAACUUUUUCACACCACGUGGUUUCAACGACGGGUCAUCAUAUAUCUUAUCAAGGCCUACAAUGGAGGCUUUCAACGAGGUGAUGCUGGAUCCGGACAGGUGUCCGGAUCAUCAUCGAGCAGAGGAAGAUCAGGAGCUAGCAAAAUGCCUGGCCCACAUGGAAAUCUAUCCGGAGGAUAUUCGUGACGAAAUGGGUUCCGAACGAAUUCAACAUUUUCAUCCAUUAGAGCAGCUAACCAUCUAUAAGGAUACAUUUAACCGCCGACUGGCCUAUUAUCCGGCGAUGAAGGAGGACGAGAAUUUUAGUGAUAAAAUGAUUAGUUUUCAUCACGUUUCGCCGUAUGAGAUGCGGUUAAUGGAUUAUAUUUUUUAUCGAUUAGAUAAACCUUGA